CUGGGGGGGGGGACACACACAACUGGGACACCCUCCCCCCCCCUCCCAGUUACUGGGACCCCCAUACUGGGACUGGGAUACCCUUACUGGGAAGUCCUUCAUGCUGGGACCCUCCCCAGUCCCCACCCCCACUCCUAACUGGGAGGCUCCCAGUAAGGGGAGUCGCUCCCAGUAACCAGGCGAGCGGUGCAGUAUGGCAGACUACCUGAUCAGUGGUGGCACUGGUUACGUGCCCGAGGAUGGGCUGACAGCUCAGCAGCUCUUUGCCUCCUCGGAGGGGCUCACCUACAAUGACUUCCUCAUCCUUCCUGGCUUCAUUGACUUCACAGCAGAUGAGGUGGACCUGACCUCAGCCCUGACUCGCAAGAUCACCCUGAAGACUCCUCUGAUCUCCUCCCCCAUGGACACUGUCACCGAGGCUGAGAUGGCAAUAGCCAUGGCACUGAUGGGUGGCAUUGGCAUCAUCCACCACAACUGCACCCCUGAAUUCCAGGCCAAUGAGGUGCGGAAGGUCAAGAAAUUCGAGCAGGGCUUCAUCACUGACCCGGUGGUGCUGAGCCCCACGCAGACGGUAGGGGACGUGUGGGAGGCUAAAUCCCGGCAUGGAUUCUCUGGCAUUCCAGUCACUCAGACAGGGAGGUUGGGAAGCAAACUGGAAGGGAUGGUCACAUCCCGGGAUAUCGACUUCCUGGGAGAGAGGGAUCAUGGGAUGAGGCUGGGAGAGGUGAUGACCAAACGUAAUGACCUGGUGGUGGCACCUGCUGGCAUCACCCUGAAAGAGGCCAAUGAGAUCCUGCAGCGCAGCAAGAAGGGCAAGCUGCCCAUCGUGAACUCCAGCGACGAGCUGGUGGCCAUCAUCGCCCGCACGGACCUGAAGAAGAACCGGGAGCAUCCCUUGGCCUCCAAGGACGGGCGGAAGCAGCUGCUGUGCGGCGCCGCCAUCGGCACCCGCGAGGACGACAAGUACCGCCUGGAUCUGCUGGUGCAGGCCAGCGUCGACCUGGUGGUGCUGGACUCAUCCCAGGGGAACUCCAUCUACCAGAUCAGCAUGAUCCAGUACAUCAAGCACAAGUACCCUGAGCUGCAGGUCAUCGGUGGCAACGUUGUCACUGCUGCCCAGGCCAAGAACCUGAUCGACGCUGGCGUGGAUGCCCUCAGGGUGGGCAUGGGCUGUGGGUCCAUCUGCAUCACCCAGGAGGUGAUGGCAUGUGGCAGGCCUCAGGGCACAGCUGUCUACAAGGUGGCAGAGUAUGCCAGGCGCUUCGGGGUGCCAGUCAUCGCCGACGGCGGCAUCCGCACCGUGGGGCACCUGGUGAAGGCCUUGGCACUGGGGGCAUCCACUGUGAUGAUGGGGUCCCUGCUGGCUGCCACCACGGAAGCCCCUGGGGAGUUCUUCUUCUCGGAGGGGGUGAGGCUGAAGCAGUACAGGGGCAUGGGCUCCUUGGAUGCCAUGGAGAAGAGCAGCAGCAGCCAGAAGCGUUACUUCAGCGAAGGUGAGAAGGUGAAGGUGGCCCAGGGGGUGUCCGGAUCCAUCCAGGACAAAGGCUCCAUCCAUAAGUUCGUCCCUUACCUGAUCGCCGGCAUCCAGCACGGCUGCCAGGACAUCGGCGCCAGGAGCCUCUCGGUCCUCAGGUCAAUGAUGUACUCAGGGGAGCUGAAGUUUGAGAAGAGGACGAUGGCAGCACAGAUUGAGGGGGGGGUCCAUGGGCUCCACUCGUAA